AGGUCAAAUUUAUAUGAUGAUAACAAAACUGUCAACUUAAAUUUCAUAUGAAAAAUGAAUUGUUUUGGUAUAUUUAUAAGGAGGCUAAUUUAGCUAGUGGUUUAGUCAUUAUGGUUUUAUACUGCCAGCAACCAACAACUACUAGUGAAAAGCACUUAUAAAACUGCUACAAUUACUACAACAACAUAUUCGGUAUAAUUUCACCUACACAUCUACUAAGGAUAGAAAUUUAAAUGGCCUAGCACUCUAGUUGUGUUACUGAACCUUGUUACAUCUGCCUUUUCAUAUCCACCCGUGGACUAUCCUUAAAGUCACGUACUUAGCCUAAUUGGUGAAGGAGCCUACAACUGUUCAUGAGUAGUGCGUACCAAUGGGGGAAAAAGUCAUGAUACAUGAGCAUUUUGAUUUUUCAAAGUCCAAUUAAAAUUAAAUGGAAGAAAAACUCAUAAUAUUGACUUUGAAAGUGACUCAUUUCUACUUUGUUUAAUCAAUUUGUAAAUACCCUUUAGUCUCUUCAUACUAACUCACACAUUCAUCUUUCAAGAUAAUGGCAGUACAAAGGACAUCAGCAUCCCGAACUCAGCCUAAUGAAUCAAAACAAACUCCAAAUCUUGAAAACAAAAACACAUUUUCCUUCCAAAUUUUAUGUCUAUUUAGCAUCCCUUCCAUCCUUGAAUCAGCAACAUCGCGAAUCAUAGAAGACUUGCGUAAAUUUUGGCUUUACUAUGCUGAAUUCAUGUGGAUAGUCCUUUUCAUCUUGCUUAUUUCUGAACGUAAAGUUUCAUUAGUCUGCUUAGUUGCCAUGAAGGAAGUGGCAGUUUUGUACUUGCUAUUUCUUAAUUCAGUGGCCAAUUCUGUUCUGUUUCGUUGGCUUAUCGCGUUCGACACUAGGCCUAUUGUUCUGCCACUGCUAGCCAUUGGGACAUGUCUUGCUCUUAUACUCACUGGUGCUGGAAUUCAGCUUUUAAUCACUUUGGCUCUAACUUUUCCAAUUGUUUUGGCUCAUGCAGUUCUUUGUGUAGCAGAGGAUUUUUCUUUGGAUGAUGAAAUUGAUCAAGAAUCUGUACCCCUUGUUCAUACUGUGUAAAAUUAGGCCAAUUUUUGUUUCAUGAUUUGUUGAAUAAAAGUCAAGGAUGUUGUGUUAUUGUUCAACAAAAAAUGUUAGGCUUUUUUUUUUUGUUGGUAUAACUGUGUGUUGUAUAGUACUUUAAUGAUUUGCUUUCUAUCUAAUAAAUAAAC